CUCCCCACUCCCCCCGGAACCGGAAAUAAACCCGGCCACUAUAAAUAUUUCUUCGACAUUUCCAACCCCCCAAAAAACCCAAAUGGAAAACCUCCCAUUUUCAGAGAGAGGGUUUAGGAGUAUUAGGGUUUAACCAAGAUUGAAGCAAAUAGGGUUAGGAUAGGUUAGGGGUGGAGUGAUCUGCAAUGGCGGCGUCUCUGAAUCUAAAAUCCAGUCUGCGAAGAGGUCGUUUUCCUCAUCUUUUCUUCAUCUGUAAUUGCUCCGUCGCGGCAGCAUCGGUACGUCCUAGUAUCCGUUCCUGCUGCUCCUCCUCCAUUUCCAAGCAGCUUUCCGCCGAAACUCUUAACCUAAAACCUGCCACCUUUGUUUCUCGCAACAAUUUCACUACUUCUACUUCUCAAUUUUUUGCCCCUGCAGCUCCUGCAAAUUAUCAAACAUCUGGUGGUCAGAAUCAGAUGGACCACAAUCGUCGAGGGUAUCCUAAUAAUCAUCAUCGAAGUCCUCACCCCAUGUCCAACCCUGCUCCUGCUUCUUCUUAUCCUGGGCAGGGUUAUUCAGAACCACAUUCCAUUCCCCAACAGGGUGGCGGUGGCGGCGGCGGUCGUGGAGCUGGUUUUAACCACUUCUCCAAUGAUAACGUCAAUCCUAGACACAAUUAUCCGCCGUCCCCGCCCCCUCCUCCUCCUCAGCAUUUUUCACACGGAAAUGUCAGCAAUACUGCGCCAACAACUGCUGCUCCAAAUAGCAGUCUAGGUUUUGGAGGAGGAGGGUUUCAGCAAAACCAGAGGGUUUACCCGCAGAACCCCCCGGUUCCCUGUGACUCUCAAAAUUUUCCUAAUCAAAAUCAAGGAGGACGUGCAGGUUUGGUUCAGCCGCAGAAUAAUCACGGUUAUAACCAGGGUUACCAGGACCAAAAUCCAUGGAAAUCCUCUCAGCACGAAAGUCAGUCUGUUAGGUUUACUCAGCAGGGAAUUCAGAACCGUGCUAACCUUCAAUCUCACGGUCAAGGGCUGCAGGUUGUUACUGACGAGUUUGCUCCUUUGAGUAUUGUUGAUUUGAGAAAUCUCUGCGAGGCGGGUAAUGUUACUGAAGCUCUCAAAUUGAUGGAGGAGGGAAUCGCUGCUGAUGCUCAUUGUUUUAAUCUCCUUUUUGACUUGUGUAUGAAGUCAAAGAACUAUGGGGACGCCAAGAAAGUUCAUGAUUACUUCUUGAGAUCGACUUGCAGGAGUGAUCUUCUGUUGAAUAAUAAGGUGCUCGAUAUGUACAUUAACUGCGGGAGUAUGGUUGACGCCCGAAGAGUUUUUGAUCACAUGCCUGAUAGGAAUAUGGCUUCCUGGAAUUUAAUGAUCAAUGGAUAUGCCAUCAACGGUUUGGGAGAUGAUGGCUUGGCGAUGUUUGAACAGAUGAGGAAAUUGGGGUUACAUCCCAACGAGCAGACUUUCCUUGCUGUUAUGGAUGCUUGUGCUAGUGCUGAUGCAAUCGAUGAAGGUUUCUUGCAUUUCGAGUCAAUGAAGACAGAGUACGGCAUUGAACCCGGAAUCGAGCAUUAUUUGGGGCUUCUUGGAGUUCUUGCUAAAUGUGGACAUCUUGCGGAGGCUGAGGAGUUCAUUGCAAAACUUCCAUUUGAACCAACAGCAGCUGUUUGGGAGGCAUUGAUGAACUAUGCGCGCAUACAUGGAGAUAUUGAUCUUGAAGACCGUGCAGAAGAACUAAUGGUUUCUCUUGAGCCUUCAAAGGCCAUUAAGAAUAAGAUUCCAACGCCUCCGCCUAAGAAGCAGUCUGCAGUUAACAUGCUUGAGGGCAGAAACAGGAUUGUGGAGUUCCGUAGCCCAACUCUCUACAAGGACGAUGAGAAGUUGAGAGAAGCUAUGAAGCAACAAGCUUAUGUGCCCGAUACUAGAUAUGUGCUUCACGACAUUGAUCAAGAGGCAAAAGAACAGGCCUUGCUUUAUCAUAGUGAACGUCUGGCAAUUGCAUAUGGUCUGAUAAGUACACCUGCCAGGACACCUCUGCGGAUCAUCAAGAACCUUCGUGUUUGUGGUGAUUGUCACAAUGCCAUCAAGAUCAUGUCAAGGAUUGUCGGGAGGGAAUUGAUUGUUAGAGAUAACAAACGUUUCCACCAUUUCAAGGAUGGCAAGUGUUCCUGUGGUGAUUACUGGUGAUUUGAUGACGGCUUAUGCAACAAUGCAUCCUAACACCACAAAAAUGUUUUGAAGGACCCCAAGUAAUCUCGCAUCACUUAAGGUAAGUUCUAUGCGGGUCAGAAUAAUGGAGAAGAUUGUUUGGGAUGCUAUCCAUUUUAAAUUUCGAAAGAAAUCCUAGUUACGUUAUGCGGAUGACCAGUUCUUAUAUAAUGGGUGUGUUUGGUAAGUAGUUAAAUUAGUCGUGUUGGAACUUGGAACAGUCAACCUCGAUUGAAGUCUCUGUCAGCGACUUGGCUUGUGAAGUACCGGUUACUAGAACUUAUGCGUAAUGUAGACAGUGAAAAAAAUGUCCUUAUCAGUGCUGGGAGAAGGUAUUAUCUUCCUAAUAAUAUCCUUUGAACAAUUGCUCUGAACUUCAUUGUUGUAUUGAUAUAUUGCAUAUGUUUGGUAGUUCAUAAAAACUCUUUUUUGUAAAUA